CCAGCCUUGGGCCUAAAACAUGGACACGCCGGAUAAGGCAGCUCCUUACGUGCUCAUGCUGUGUCAUGCAUCUGUUCACCGGUCCAUGAUGUUGUCGCACCUAUCAGAACGCUAUCACCGCGCGGUACGACGGUGAUCGUACUUGGCUGUCCCCAGAAACAUUUGGGUCGAAGCCUUGAAUCUUCAUCUCCAUCUCGCAAGUUUCGCAGCCUCGUCACUCUUUGUCACUUCGCCAUGACGAACCCACCCAUCCCAGCGAUAACAAAACGAGCGCCGACGAUUGAUUUCAUCGACCAACGAUUACCGAAGCAUCAUCCGCUUUUCGCAACGCAAACUGUGCAAUACGACGUAAUGUCGGGACAGUACCAGGCUGUGGGGGCCAGCAAUAGCGGCCUUGUCAGCACAGCCGCCUCGAAUGCACCUUCCAGCAGCAAUAGUCUUGUAUCGAGACCAGAAGUGGCUGACCUAAACGCCAUGCCGUUUUGGAACGAGAUAUUCGCAGAUUCGAUGUCACAAUUCAAGUCUACACCAGAGCCCAAAGGAAGAUCGAAAUCCCUUUACGAUAUCAGAGAGAAGACUGAUUGGCAUGCGGUGUAUGACACACUUCAAAUGGCACGCAAGAAAUACGAGACCAGCGGCGGAAUUAUCCGGGACAUGCGACGCAAAGUUGCCGAUAGGAUUACUCCAGGUGCUGAAGUAGCAAGGAUAGGAUCAAAGGUUACUCCGCAAGAUAAGAUUGUGACACCAAUUCUUGGUGCUGUCGAGCUCAUUCUAGGUGCUGUUGAGAUCGCAGCUCUUGUAAGGAAGAAGGCCCUCGCGGGUCUCGAUGAUAUGGUUCCGGUCUUCUCGAAAGUAGAGCUAUUCUUGAGUAUGUUCAAAGAAGAUGCGAACAUCCGCAACGCCUCCAUAGAUUUAACCGCUGUGACUCUGGCUGCUGUCGAGCGAACGAUAGGCUUCUUCAUUAGUAGCCAGUUCGCGCGCACCGGGAAAGCUCUCCUCAGCGGCGAAGACUACCAGAAAGGUUUGAUAGAAAGCUUCGAAACGAUACAGACGAAGAGUCACGACCUCUGGGAACAGGCGCAGAACUCACAUAUGUUCGAGUCGCAUGUGUACUAUCAAGAAGACAGAAGGAUCCAAGCCCAGAUGGGCGCAAAGAUCGACUUAAGCACCCUUGUGGCAGUUCAAGGAUUUAACGCCGUUAACAAUUUGCUGAAUGACCUGGCACAGCAGAUGGAUCAGAAGAUUGAUCGGAUGCUCCAGCCUAUUCGACAGGAAAACAUCAGUCUCAGGAUUGAAAAUGACCGACUGCGGUCCACGUCGCCGACACGUACAAGUAUGUGGCUACCUCCGCCACAGCCUAUUCCAGGCCUGGUCUCGAGCUGGAGCAUCAACCAAGAGACCCUCAGGAACAUUAUUGACGUCCAUGAUCUUGACCUAACUGAUCUCGCCUUGGUACAGGACAGAAAAGAGCAGCUUCCCUCCAGGGACAGGUCAAGAGCGGAGCAGGUUACGAACACGCAACUAUUUCGAAGUUGGAUCGUAUCGCCAUCUUCGACGAAGCUGCUCAUUCACUGGGACUCGCGUUUGCCCAAGAUGAUUGCUGAAGUAUCACCAUUGACGGUAUUUUGCACUACAAUGGCGCAGGCGCUGCGCUCCAACCCUCGGUUCCUGUCCGCAUUAUGGUUUUGUGGACAGCAUAUCGACGCAUAUGAGUUCGGUGCACGCUCCGGUGGACAGAUGAUGAUAGGGAGCUUGCUAGAUCAGCUCUUGAGGCAAUGGGAUUUCAACACCGAACCGCUGCACAACUAUAUUGGUUAUGACAGCCUCCAAAAGGGAGACGUCGAAGCUUUGACCGCACUGCUCGGCUUUCUAAUAGGCCAGCUUCCGCCCGAGAUAGUUCUGUUCUUGAUCAUCGACGGCGCGGCGUUGUUCGAGAGAGAGGAAGUUCAGGAUGCAUUGCCGGUGUUCUUAAGCCUGAUCCAGCUAGUUGCAGACAACAGUGUGAGAGCUACGGUGAAGCUCUUGAUCACUAGCACACCGGGUACCGACAUCAUACGGGGUUCAUUCGAGGAAGAAGAUCUGAUAUUGAACGUAGACAGCUUGCCGAUUUUGACCGCAGCCAGUGAGGAACGCAUGGUCAGGGAGCUAGAAGGGGAAUUACACGGCGAUGUGCCCUAACGAGACCAGUUUUUGGUAGAUACAAGCCACAAGUGUUAUACUUGAUGUUGAAUGAAUGCCACCUUUUUCCAUCGUUGAUGUUCUUGCAUGACGAUCUAGCCCGGGAAAAGGGUCAUCAAGCCGGGAAUGCGUAGAUCGGCCAUGUCUACCGUAAGACGGGCUGGAGUAUUUAUAACCCGACGCCAUUUUCAGAGAUUGGGGUGGACAGAUAGUUGCUGACUCCAGUAUUCAUGGACUAAUUUUCUAAGAUCCGAGAGCGGUUUCCCUGGUUUCUUUGGAGUAAUCAAUCAAAACCCAAAACCACCGUCAGCUAUCAGUCGCUUGCUAAGA